AUGGUACCAAAGUUAUCUUUCAGUGGAUUCCCUUAUCAUGAUAUUAGCCUAAAAAUAUUCGCACCAAUUAUGUUGUUACGAAACCUCAAUCCAAAUAUAGGCUUGUGUAAUGGUACAAGAAUCAUGGUCACGUACCUGUCCACUUAUGUAAUCAAGGAACUGAUCAUGGGUGGCACAUAUGAUGGGUCAGUAGUUGCCAUACCGAGAAUUGUUGUCAACAUAAAUGAUCAUAAUUGGCCUUUCGUGCUAAAGAGGAGACAGUUUCCUAUUCGUCUUUGUUACGCCAUGACAAUCAACAAGAGUCAAGGACAAACAUUGGAUCGUGUGGGCGUCUUCCUUCCGAAGCCGGUGUUCAGCCAUGGCCAAUUAUAUGUUGCUGUUUCUAGAGUUAGAUCAGCUGAUGGCCUGAAGUUUCUCAUUCAAAACGAAGACCAUAUUCAUGCAGGCUACACAAGGAACAUUGUUUAUGCAGAAACAUUUGAUACCCUUGGCGGUGCAUCAUGCUCUGUUGUACCAGCUACUGGAAGGUGUGUUGCAGCAUUGUUUCGAUACUACCUUUUCUCUUGGGAGAUUACUUCAGCGAGUACUUUUCAUUGUUAA